UGACACUGGGAUCGGGAACAGAGUGUGUUGUUUCUCAAGCCUGAAAAUUGUUAGAGAAAUGUAGUUAUCAAGAGUUAAAAACUCCAAACCCUUUUCUUUUGACUUAGUGAAGAAAGUGGAAUGUCUGCUGUUUGGCCGUCAAGUCUCCAGUGUGAGCAGCUGAUGUGGCUCCCUCGGGAUUCUAGCUGCGUGUCUUAGCAUGGCGGAGAUUGGCCUUCGCGGGGUCCUCCUUCUGUUUAUUUCUCUGACUAAGUACCUGGAAGGUGCAAAGCUGCUAGCAGGCCUUAAAAAAUGUGGUGAUCUGGAAUGUGAAACUUUAAUUAGCAGAGUCUUGGCCGUGAGAGAUUACACAGGACCUGACUGCCGCUACCUGAACUUCACGAAGGGAGAAGAGAUAUUUGUUUAUAUUAAACUUGCUGGGGAAAGAGAAGAUUUGUGGGCAGGAAGUAAAGGAAAGGACUUUGGAUUUUUUCCCAGAGAUGCGGUCCAGAUUGAAGAGGUGUUCAUAUCUGAAGAAGUUCAAGUGUCAACUAAAGAAUCUGAUUUUCUUUGUCUUCUUGGAGCAAGCUACUUGUUUGAAAUUGAAGAUAGUGAGAUAAACAAUGAUAAUAGUGAAAAUGUAUAUCCAUAUGAAGAGGACAGAGACUCAGUGUAUGGUAUAUAUGAAAGUGAUUUCCAAAUGGAUCCUGAAUUCUAUGCAACUCCUCCAAGCACUUUGUUUGAAGACCGGUUUGCAGCAUCUGAGGCUCCUGCAGAUAUCAGAAGUGCCAGUGAAUCAGACGACUGGGAAGAGGCAGGAGCCAGCAGCAUGGAUGGGGAUCACAUCCCGGAAGUGGAUUAUAUUUCACCACCCUCAUCUGUGCCAGAUGAGCAAGGACGAUUCAGAGUAGCAACCGAACAAGCCCCAGAGAAGGGUGCUGAAGCAGUUACUGAGCCUGUUCCAGAAAGCUCAUUUGGAAGUAGAACAGUAGUGAAAGGUGAGAAUGAUCUAGAGGAAUUAAAUAAUGGUGAGCCCCAAACAGAACAUGAGCACCAGCCUGAAUCAGAAUUGGGAUCCUUGCCAGAGGACCAGCCUGAAGGAGCCCUGGACUCAGAGGACGUUCCCACAUCUCAAGCCACUGUCUGGUUUGGUGGUGGAUUCACAAGUUAUUUAGGUUUCGGUAAGGAGGAUACAGGGAUUGAGUUAUUAUCCGAAGAAAGCAAUCAGCCACUGCAAGAUGUUCCCAGUUCCAUGUCGUCUGAUGAGGAAGCCCCGAUUCCAUGUAUGGAAGUGUUAACAGAAAAAGAAGACACAAUUGCUAACGAUAGCUCAGUUCGCAAGCCAAGUUGGUUUGAUUUUGGUUUUGGUGUGCUAAGCUUUGCAUAUGCCAGUGAAGAAAAAAUUAUAUCAGAUGAUGGGGAAAAUGAAGAAAACAGUGGACUAAAUGAACCUGAACACACUGAUGUGAGGGAAUUUGACUCUCCUAAGGAACAAGAGAUGAAAAUGAUAAAAACUGUAGAAACAGAAGAUCAAACAGAGAAGGAAAAAGUCUUUGAGAAAACAGAUGAUUCUAGUACCAUACCGUAUUUGAAAAAGUUUUUGUAUAAUUUUGAUAACACUUGGAGCUUUGAGAAUGAUCCAAAAGAAACAGAAUUGCCAUUUCCCAAAGAAACAUGGGAUCAAAAUAAUAUGGUUGAACAUGAUGAAACAGAAGAAUUUUCAGCUGAAAGUUAUCCCACAGAAAAUGUGGAAAAUCUUAUGAUGUUGGAAAGCAGAUACAGUCAAUCAGACAUGAUCUCUACAGCAGAGUUAUCUUUGAGAAUUACUGAAAAAGGAUCUUUUAAAACCUCCUCUUCUAAAAAUAAUGAUGAGGAAUCAAAAUUCCCAGUAGACUCUGAAGAGCCUGCUCACGUGGAAAUAGACAGAUCUGUGGAAAUCACCUCUCCAGACAGCCGGAUGGUUUCAACUGAUAGUGGUUUGUCUUCUCACAAUUACAUUCCUCAGAAAGAUGAUGCUUCAGAGUUUCAGAUUCUGAAAUAUUUAUUUCAAAUUGAUAUUCGUGAUGUCAUGAAUUCUGUAUUUUCACCAGUUAUACUACUUUCAGAAUGGGUGGUGACAGCACUGCCUGAAGAGAUGAGACCAGGCCUGAAUCCCAGUGCUUUGCCAUGGGAACUGGUGAUAGGGGCAGCUAUUGUCGGUUUUGUCACUGUUGUCUUAUUUUUAUGGAGAAGCUUUUGUUCGGUUAGAAGCCGCUGUUAUGUAGGGAGAGAAAAACAGCUUGCUAUAAAGCUUUCUGAACUAAUUCAAGAAAAAUGUAAACUACUUAAUAAAGUUAGCCUAGUUCAAAAAGAGUGUGAAGGCUUAGAGUGUUCAUUAAAAGACGUCGGCUUUGAGAAGGAGUCAGUAGAAGCACAAAGUCUGAAGUUUGAUGAAGGAUCACAAAUAUCAGAGGAAACCUGUGAAGAACUGGAUAGGAACAAAUCUAAGCUUGACGAUGAAAUAUUCUUUCUAGAAAAAGAGCUUAAAGAUGAGGAAUCUACACAUUCUGAACAGGAAGAAUUGAAGGCCAAUGUUUCAGAAAAGAUAUGGGCUCUAGAAGAUGAAUCAAAAUCCCUCAAAGCGCAAGUAGCUGAAGCCAAAACAACCUUCAAAAUAUUUCAAAUCAACGAAGAGCGACUUAGGGGAGCAAUAAAGGAUGCAAUGAAUGAAAAUUCUCAACUUCAGGAAAGCCAAAAACAGCUUUUACAAGAAUUGGAAAUGUGGAAAGAACAAGUAAAUGAGCUUAAAAAGCAGAAAGUAACAUUUGAAGACGCCAAAGUGUGUGUAGAACAAGUUCUAAGUGAUAAAGACAGUCGCAUCAAGUCUCUGACUGAACACUUGUUAAAGAUGAAAGACUGGGCUGCUGUGCUUGGAGAGGACGUGCCGGACGAUGGUAACUUGGAGCUGGACAUGAGGAGUGAAUCAGCAGAUGGUGCCCACAUAGAUAAUGAGCCAAAAGGAGCUUUGAAGAAACUGAUUUAUGCUGCUAAGUUAAAUGCUUCUUUAAAAUCCUUAGAAGGAGAAAGAAACCAGAUUUAUACACAGCUAUCCGAAAUAGAUAAAACAAAGGAAGAGUUUACAGAUCGUGUUAAAAAUCUCCAGAGUGAACAAGCAUCAGUGCAGUCAGAAAACACACAGCUUGCAAGUGAGAAUCAGAAGCUUCGGCAGAAACUUGAACUGAUGACUGAGCUCUAUCAGGAGAAUGAAAGGAAACUCCACAGGAAAUUAACAGUAGAGGAAAAUUCCCGUCUAGAAAAAGAGGAGAAACUUUCUAAACUGGAUGAAAAGAUUAGCUAUGCUGUUGAAGAGCUGGAGACCUACAGGAAACGAGCCAAAGACCUUGAAGAAGAAUUGGAGAAAACCAUUCAGUCUUAUCAAGGGCAGGUUAUUUCCCAUGAGAAAAAAGCACAUGAUAAUUGGUUGGCAGCCCGAACUGCUGAAAGAAACCUCAAUGAGUUAAGAAAAGAAAAUGCUUACAGCAGACAAAAAUUAACUGAAGCAGAGUUUAAAUUUGAACUUUUAGAAAAGGAUCCUUGUGCACUUGAUGUUCCAAACACAGCAUUUGGCAGAGAGCAUUCCUCAUACGGCCCCUCACCACUGGGCCGGCCUUCAUCUGAAACGAGAGCUUUUCUCUCCCCGCCAACCUUGUUGGAGGGUCCACUCAGGCUCUCCCCUUUGCUUCCAGGGGGAGGAGGAAGAGGCUCAAGAGGCUUAGAAAAUCCUCUGGACCAUCAGAGUAGCAAUGAAAGAGGAGACUUGAGCUACGAUAGGUUAACUGAUCCUCACAGAGCACCUUCAGACACUGGAUCUCUGUCACCUCCGUGGGAACAGGACCGCAGGGCGAUGAUUCCUCCGCCAGGCCAACCGUAUCCUGAUCCUGCUCUUCCAUUGCAAAAGCAAGACAGAUACUACUCUAAUUCUGGUAGACUGUCAGGACCAGCAGAACUCAGAAGUUAUAGUAUGCUUCCUUUGGAUAAACUGGAUGGGCCAGUGUCUUCAGAAAUGGAAUCCAGUAGAAAUGAUACCAAAGAUGAUCCUGGUAAUUCAAAUGUGCCGGGUUCUUCCCUCCCUGCUGAGAGCAGAGCAGCCGGCCCUGGCUUUGUUCCUCCGCCGUUUCCCCCGCGUCCCCCGUUUCUAAUGUAUCCAAGGAGCCAGAUCAUGAGGAGAGGACCACCUUUUCCUCCACCUCCUCCAGGAAGCAUGUACGGAGCGCCUCGAGACUAUUUUCCUCCAAGGGAUUUCUCUGGCCCACUUCCUCCAUUCCCAAUGAGAAGUGUGUAUCCACCGCGGGGUUUUCCUCCUCCUCCUCUUCCCUCAAGCGCUGGAUUUCCCCCCCAGCCCCCAGCCCCACCCCCGCCUUCUGAAAGUAGAAGUGAGCUUCCUUCAGGGCCCACCGCGCCCCUGCCUGCCAGCAAGCCGGCUGCUGACCAUCCAGAGCCACAGCAAGAAACCUGAGGACAUUUUUGAUCUCUCUUCAAAAAUAAUUUUAUCUCUUGUUUUCAGUUUAAGUAACUGCUGUUACUUAAGUGAUUAUACUUUUGCUCAAAUUGAAGCUUCAUGGAAUUAUAAUUCUCAGGAUAGUAUUUUGUAAAUAAAGAUGAUUUACAUAUGAAUCUUAUGAGUAAAUUAUUUGUUUUAUUUUAUUCUAAACAGUAUAACUAUUUUAAUUUGAUUAUCUAGUCCACUAUUACAUACACAAUAAUAGGAGUUUUAUAUGUGCAAUCUUUCAGUUGGGGAUAUUUUAAAUUGCAAACAAAAGCUACCUUUAUGCCAAGAAAUGUGUUUACUAAGGUUGUAAACAAAUGUGAAAGUAACUUUAUGCCUAAAUAAAUAAAUAUUAAUUGAUUUAAAGUCUUGUUUGGCAAAUAAAAUUGGCUAGUUUUUCCAUAAA